AUGGGAGAAGAAGAAAAAAAUCGAAAAAACGCAGUUUUUCAUUUUCGGAAAAAGCUGCCAAGAAAAAAAAAUGUCACAUUUAUAAACUAUGGAACAGCAGUUUCAAAUAAAAUCUGUUGUAAACAACCACCACAGUCACUCUUUUCUUUUUUCCUUUCUCUCUCUCAUUUGCUCGUUUACAAUCACUCUUUACCUUUGUUGUACUUGUUCCAUCAUUCAGUAUAUAUAGCUCUCCACAGCAUCCUUUCUUUUGUUAGUGUCUUCAAUACGUGUUUCUUUGGCUUUUGCCUGUCUUUAUAUUGUUCUUCCAUCCAUUUUCUCAAAACUUUCUCUCUCUCUCUCUCUCUCUCUCUCUCUCUCGCCCUCCUCUCUCUCUCUCUCCCUCCUCUCUCUCUCUCUCCCUCCUCUCUCUCUCUGCGCUCUUCAGGACUAGGCUCUCUCUCUCUCCAUCUCCUCUCUCUCUCCCUCUGUCUCACGCUCUCUCUCCCUCUAUCUCAUACUCUCUCUCUCUCUUUCUUUCUCCCCCUCACUCCCUCUAUCUCUCUCUUUCUAUGUCGAAAGCAACGGGAGAGACCUCUCUCUCUCUCUCUCUCUCUCUCUCUCUCUCUCUCCCUCUCUCUCUCUCCCCUAUCUCUCUCGCACUCUCUCUCCCUCUUAAGAAGGCCUGAUCCGGGGCUGCAAAUAACGUUGAUCCAGAGAAGGAGGGAAAAUUACUCAUCCUGCGAACACCCUCGUCCUUGA